CUCCUUUCCCGAACUUUUUCCUUGAUUCUUCUCUUGAUAAAACCAAGUUUUCUCUUUCUCUCUCUCCUCUCCCUCCUUUCUUCUUCGUUAAACUCCCGAGGUCUUGGUGUGUCUCGGAAUUGCUAGGGCUUUUUGUUUGGUCUCUGGAUUUUUAGGGUUGUCGGUGGUCUCUGAAAUUCUAGGGUUUUUGGUGGUUGGGUCUCUGAAUUAUUAAUUAUCGGGUUUCUGGUUCUUAAAUUAUGGUUCUAUCUCAGAAGCUUCACGAGGUUUACAAAGGAGCGAUGGAGAGGUUCACUCCUCCUAGAACAGUGUCUGCUUUCAAAGAAAAGGGUGUUCUUUCAGUUGAUGAAUUUGUUUUAGCAGGCGAUAAUCUCGUCGCAAAGUGCCCCACCUGGUCCUGGGAAGCUGGUGAUUCUAGUAAGAGAAAACCCUUUCUACCAGCCAACAAGCAGUUUCUAAUCACUAGAAACGUGCCUUGUUUGAGAAGGGCUAGUGCAAUUGAAGAAGAAUAUGAGGCGGCAGGAGGAGAAGUUCUUCUUGAUAAUGAUGAUGAUGAUGGUUGGCUAGCAACACAUGGGAAGCCCAAGGAAAAAGAGGCAAAGGCCGAUGAGGAAAUUUUGCCGUCCCUGGAUGCCUUGGAAAUCAGCAACAGGAAGACAAUUCAAUCAAUCUCUUCACAUUUUGGUGGUGAGGAGGAAGAAGAUAUUCCAGACAUGGCAGAGUAUGAAGACUUUGAAGGUGUUACAGAUCCUGCGACAUUGCCUACUACAUAUAUGGUUGCUUGCGAACCUGAUGAGGAUGCCAUUUUACGAACUCGGACAUAUGAUGUUAGCAUCACGUAUGACAAAUAUUAUCAAACUCCUCGGGUGUGGCUAACUGGAUAUGAUGAGUCAAGAAGGGUUCUGGAUCUGAAGUCGGUUAUGGAUGAUGUUAGUCAAGACCACGCUCGCAAAACAGUAACACCUGGAAAUCAUCCUCAUAUGUCUGGGGACCAUGUUACUGUACAUCCAUGCCAGCAUGCAGCUGUGAUGAAAAAAAUCAUUGAUGUUCUAAUGUCACGUGGAGUUGAGCCUGAAGUAGACAAGUACCUUUUUUUGUUCUUAAAAUUUAUGGCUUCUGUAAUUCCAACAAUUGAAUAUGACUAUACUAUGGACUUUGAUCUUGGGACAUCUAACCACUAAUCCAAGGUUCAAGCCUCGGCUUGCAUCUCUAGUCAGAAGAAGAAAUAAUGUGUCCACCUGCACUCCCAUGCAAUACAAUUCCUUGCCCUUGAUUCUCAACCCCUGUUCAUAGAAGUCUGUACAUAAUUCUGAUUCUCUCUCUCUCAUGUGGUUUUACUUUGCAAUGUGCAGCAUCCUAUUAACAUCAUCAUCAUCACCAUCCUGUUAAUAUAUUUGUGGAAAAUACAAAAGAGUGGAUCAGUGGUCGCUCUUGCUAUUUAUCCUUUGUCUCUGAUCAA